UCAAAGAAAAAAGAGGAAAAAAAAUAAAUUUGUGGAAGUUCGUGACUCAGCAGUGGAAAUACAAAAUAUUUAAUUUUAAUCGUUUUAUUACAACAAACUAAAGAAAAAAGAUUAUAAAAAAAAUAAAUAAUCAGGAGUGUUUAGCUUUGGUUGAAUCGCUUCAUACAUAAAUGUUGUGCUGUUUAGCGGAUUCAGUGGAUUAAUUUUGGUUAAUUAUUUCUUUUUUUCGUUGAAGAUCCAUUGUUGCACUUCCAUCAUGUCGCGACUUGGAUUGUACAUAGCAACAUGGACUCUAUUUUGUUCUUGUUCUGCUGUACCAGAUAUCCAUUUACAAAUGUCUCCCACACAACUACAACAAGUCUUCCAAGUAGAUGAAGUAAACCAAGUGCCAAACUAUGAAUUAAUUAAACUAACACAUCUGAGUACGGCGCAUCAUGUCCGGAAAAAACGCAGUAUAGAAACCGCUGCGAAUAGUUUAAGUGUUAGUGGUAGUAAAAUUAGUAGUAGUAAGAAUAAUUUAGUGAGUAAUCAUCAUGUUAAGAAAGAUCUAAGUAAAGUUCCCGUGGAUGACAAGUUAAACAGCAUAUUUGGUGCUGAAAUAAAGAAAGAGAAAAUUCUCGAUAGUGCACCGCCGCCGCAAAGUGAUUUAAAGUUAAGUGAGAUCAAAGAGCACAAAGUGUCCUUUGAUGCAUUUGGGCAGCGGUUAAAUUUGACAUUGCGUCCCACGGAAGGACUUUUUAAAGAAGGCACACAAUCGCUGAAAAUGUGGCAUGCACAUCCCGAUCCAAAUGCCACGGAUGGCAUCAAUUAUGAGGAAGUUCCACAGGAAAAACAGCCAAACAACGAAGAAGUCGGCGAAAUCUUCCAAGAUCAGGAAAACAUGGCGGCAAUUUUAAUGCGAAAACACGAGGAAACAGGAGAUCUCUUAAUGGAAGGCAGUAUAGGACAUGAGCUAAUCAUCAAACCGCUACCACGGGAAUUAUCUGAAGAUGCAACUCAUCAUAUCGUCUACAAACGCGCCCCAACUGAAGAAUUUGACAAAUACAGCGACUAUGCUUUCAUGGAACCCGAUCAUCUUGGGAAACGGUACAGGAAAAAGAGAGCGUUGAACGCGACAGAAUGGAAUGCCGAGCAUGGAGGGCGAUCGAAGAGAGCAAUUCCUCAUAUUAUUUAUCCGGAAAUUUUGGUUAUUGUCGAUUAUGAUGGAUAUCGGUUGCAUGGAGGAGAUAAUGUGCAGGUCAAACGUUACUUCGUCGCCUUCUGGAACGGCGUCGACUUGCGUUACCGACUCCUGAAAGGACCUAAAAUCCGCAUCAGCAUUGCUGGAAUCAUCAUUUCGAGGGGUCGCGAUGCAACGCCAUAUCUUGAGAGGAAUCGCGUAGGACGUGACGCCAUUGAUUCAGCUGCUGCCUUGACUGACAUGGGAAAAUAUUUGUUCCGAGAACGGAGGUUGCCCGUAUACGACAUUGCCGUUGCAAUUACGAAACUUGAUAUGUGUAGAAGACAGUAUGCGAAUGAUGCAUGUAAUCGGGGUACCGCAGGAUUCGCAUAUGUUGGAGGAGCAUGUGUCGUAAACAAACGCUUGGAAAAAGUCAACUCUGUUGCCAUCAUUGAAGAUACAGGCGGUUUCAGCGGAAUUAUUGUUGCUGCUCAUGAAGUUGGGCAUUUAUUGGGUGCCGUUCACGAUGGUUCGCCCCCGCCAAGCUACUUGGGAGGUCCCGGCGCCGAGAAAUGUCGUUGGGAAGACGGGUACAUCAUGAGCGAUUUGCGACACACAGAUCGAGGCUUCCGAUGGUCCCCUUGCAGUGUUCAAAGUUUCCAUCAUUUCCUAAACGGCGACACAGCAAGUUGUCUUCACAACGCUCCGCACGAAGAUGAAGCUUUGGGACGUGCUUUGCCGGGCACUUUAUUGUCUCUCGAUGCGCAAUGUCGACGAGAUCGCGGAACUUCCGCUUGUUUCAAAGACGAACGUGUUUGCGCGCAACUUUUCUGCUUCGAUUCGGCAAGCGGUUAUUGCGUUGCGUAUCGUCCUGCUGCUGAAGGCUCAUCGUGCGGCGAUGGGCAGCAUUGCAUGGAUGGUCGAUGCGUCGCUGAACACGAAAAUAUUAUCCCCGAUUAUUCGCAACAUACACCUUCCUAUGCCAGCCCGAAUGCUUACAACAGUCAAAAACAUGGAUAUUAUAAUAGUUAUAAGGAUGAUAGUGACGUGGAUCGGUACACGACGGCGCUCGCAACAACAAAACUCACGACAACAACAACUCCCCGCACAACAAUCACGACCCAGGCACCCGCAACAUCAAAAACGACGAAAAAUUACUACUUCAACAACGCGUAUCACAAUACUUUCCAAAAGCACGGUGAAACUACGACGCGAAAUCCUUGGUCGUGGCAUCGCAAUAAAUCCACGACGCAACGCACGACAUUCAGUACGAAAUUUGCGUUUCACCGAACGACAACUGUGAGUCCUUAUGACUGGAUUUAUUACAAAACGCGAACGGCAGCGCCGAAAAAUCUGGAUUCAGAUGCGGCGAGCACGCGAAAGCCGUACGCGAAUAUCAAGGCAUCAACAUACAAAUCAGUAUUUGAUGUGUAUUUCAAUCAAAUUGCUUCGUACAAGAAGAAAAAUAAUCUUUAGAGAGCAAUUUGCACGUUUUGAUACACAGAAAUUCUAACCACCCCUCAGUUAAUUUUUAGAAAAAAAUUGUUUUUGUUAAAUUUUUGUUUUUAAAAAUUCUUAUUAACCUAAGAUUUGACGUAGUUCACCGGAAAGUUUUUGGUCAAGCUGUUUUUCUGCCUCGAAUUGUUUGUUGUUUUUUGCCAUGUGGUAAAAAGAAUAACAAUAACUAAAAAAAAUACAACAUCGUUACCAUCCGAAGUCCAAUGCCGAAGAAGUUUUUCAUCAGCAGAAAUGACAAGCCAUUUUUUUAAUAACUAUUUUUUUAUGUUUUUUAGUCUCGAAAUGCGUUACCAAUUCAAUUUCAUUCAAAAAUUAAGAAAAAAAUAUCUUGUGAUAAAAAUGUUAUGAAA